AUGCCUGAAAAAGAAUUAGAUUACAUAAGAUCAAGAGAAGCAGCAAGUUCAGAUGAAAAAAAUGGAGGAGUUUAUAUUGAUGCAUUUGAUGCUCAAGAUUCCAACCCUCCAUUAAAAGGUUGGGCAAAAUUUAAAGAUGGUUUUAAAAAAGCAAAUGCUGAUGAAUUAGGUAUUGAUCCAAAUUUAACAGAAGCUGAAAAAAUUGCUGUUAUGACUGCAAAUUCUCCUUUAUCAAGAUCUUUAAAAAAUAGACAUUUACAAAUGAUUGCUAUUGGUGGAUCUAUUGGUACUGGUUUAUUUGUUGGUUCUGGUUCUUCUUUACAUACUGGUGGUCCAGCUGGUUUAUUAAUUGCUUAUAUAUUGAUUGGUACUAUGAUUUUCUGUACUGUUCAUUCAUUGGGAGAAUUAGCUACUACUUUCAGUGUCAGUGGUGCUUUUGUCACUUAUAAUUCUAGAUUUAUUGAUCCAUCUUGGGGUUUUGCUAUGGCAUGGAAUUAUGCUAUGCAAUGGUUAGUUGUUUUACCAUUAGAAUUAGUUGCGGCAUCAUUAACUAUAAAAUAUUGGGAUGCAAAAACAAAUCCUGCAGCAUAUGUUGUUAUAUUUUAUGUUUUAAUUAUUGCUAUAAAUUUCUUUGGUGUUAGAGGUUAUGGAGAAGCAGAAUUUAUAUUUAGUGCAGUUAAAGUUUUAGCAGUUUGUGGAUUUAUUAUUUUGGGUAUUGUUUUAUGUGCUGGUGGUGCACCAAAUGGUCAAGGUUAUAUUGGUGGAAAAUAUUGGCAAAAUCCUGGUGCUUUUGCAAAUGGUGUUAAGGGAGUUAUAACAGUAUUUGUUGGUGCUGCUUUUGCAUUUGCUGGUACUGAAUUAGCUGGUUUAGCUUCUGCAGAAACUGCAAAUCCAAGAAAAGCUAUACCAAAAGCUUGUAAACAAGUAUUUUGGAGAAUUACUUUAUUUUAUGUUAUUUGUUUAACUUUAGUUGGUUUAUUAGUUCCUUAUACUGAUGAAAGAUUAUUUACUGCUGAUACUUAUGCUGCUGCUUCUCCAUUUGUUAUUGCUAUUAAAAAUGGUGGAAUUUCAGGUUUACCAUCAGUUAUGAAUGUUGUUAUUAUGAUUGCAGUUUUAUCAGUUGGUAAUUCAUCAGUAUUUGGUUCUUCAAGAACUUUAGCUGCUUUAGCUGCUUCAAAUCAAGCUCCAAAAAUUUUUGGAUAUAUUGAUAAAACUGGUAGACCAUUAGUUGGUAUAAUUGUUCAAUUAAUUGUUGGAGCAUUAUGUUUCUUAGCUGCUUCACCAAAAGAAAAUUUAGUUUUUAAUUGGUUAUUAGCUUUAUCAGGAUUAUCAUCAAUUUUUACUUGGGGUUCAAUCAAUUUAUGUCUUAUUAGAUUUAGAAGAGCUUUAAAAGUUCAAGGUAGAGAUACAAAUGAAUUAGUUUAUGUUUCUCAACCAGGAUUAAUUGGAGCUUAUUGGGGUUUAAUUUUAAAUUUAGUUGUUUUAUGUUUACAAUUUUGGAUAGCUGUUUGGCCAUUAGGUGAACCACCAAGUGCUGAAGCAUUUUUUAUGAAUUUUUUAACUGUUCCAGUUGUAUUGGUAUUUUAUGUUGGUCAUAAGAUUUAUUCAAAAAAUUUAAAAUUCUUUUAUAGAGCUAAUGAAAUUGAUAUUGAUACUGGUAGAUCUGAUUUAGAUUUAGAUUUAGUUAAACAAGAAAUUGCUGAAGAAAAAGCUUAUAUUAAAUCAAAACCAUUUUAUAAAAGAGUUUAUUAUUUCUGGUGUUAG